UUGAAGUGGGCCCAACAAGAUGCAACCUUGCUCCAGGGAGGGCAUGCCAUGACGCAGUUGCUUAGUCACCAGCCUUGGGCAUGGCUCAGGAUGUAGCUAGGCUGCACGCUUGUAGCUCCGCUCGAUCAUGUUGAUGGUGGCUCUGGCAAGCCUGGCGCGUGUGUUGCUAACGACGGCGAUUGUAGCUGUCGUUGAUGGUACUGGAACGACAGGGUCCAAGUUGAUUCAUUUUGGCGGUGUCGCGCUCUCUGGCAAUGCCACAAUUGUGAGCCUAAUUCCUGGGAGUAUGGACCUCAAUCCUUUUUGUUACGAGUGCCCGAAUAGCACCUACGCCGACAUGGUCGCGGACAAUGACCCUUUUGUCAAGGCGCACACAGAAGUAUCUGGGACAUGUGCCGACCAUGGAUUCGCGAAGGCCCUGCGCAGCGACCCCAUUUUCCACGAUGCCAAGCUGUUCUGGAAGGGCGGAUUCCGACUCCCUGGCAAUGAUACGAGGGUGAGCCUCGUCCCUGGCAGUGUUGACCUCAAUCCUUUGUGCUACGAGUGCCCGAAUGGCACAUACGCCGACAUGGUCGCGGACAGGGACCCCCUCGUCAAGGCGCACACAAAGGUAGAUGGAACUUGUGCCGACCAUGAUUACGCAAAGGGCUUGGGCAAUGACCCGAUAUUCCGCGAUGCUAAACUCUUCCGCAGGAGCACAAACGCCGAACUUAUGGUAUAGACUAUCUGUAAGCCACCGCGUGUAAUUGAAGCUGGCAUGUCGACGUGGCUCUGAUAUGAAUUGCAAGUCGUUGUUUCUGGGGUGUAUUUGUUAUUCGUGCCACUGUUCAUAUUAGCGGUUGCAGAUCCGAGUUAGCAAGUCGAUUCUCGCCUGUAUAAAGCUGGAUGAGCGCGUCUACUUGCUCCCGUUCGAACGGCUUUUGUUUGCAGGUUUACAGCAUGGGUUCUGGGCAACGCUUACCCUUUCGCCUCUGAGCAAUCCGUCGGCUCGUCAUCCUUGCACGGUGUCGCCGUUCUCUCACCCAAGACUUUGCGGACAUCCUGCAGUCGGAUCGUCCGGGCGCAAGUUGCAGCAGCAGGCAUACUUCAUUACACACGUGUGUGCACAAAGCCUGCGUAAAUAGGUGUUCGCUUCGACUCGGGUAUUGCACACGCACGUGUUGCGCCGCACUGAAUACUUCAAUGUUGUAGGGUGAUCUUGGGUGGCUGGAGUCCUCUGGCAGAAGCCUAUACUCUGCAAAGUUAUUGGCCAGGUUGCGGCCGUCGUUGAUCUCAGUGGCUCGUAUUCGGCCUGGGCAGAGCAAGGAUUUGCAAGGGGUGUUGUUUGGCGCGCAGCUACCGCAGCUCCGAUCUGCAAACAAUUGGGGCGUCAGGGCGUGUGUGUGUAGAAUGAAAACAUCAACGAAGCCGUUAAGCUCAGCCGGCCAUCCAGAAUUGCAGGACGCCAUGCGUGAUGCGGUGCGCGUGCUAGCAAAACAUCGCGCGCACGACAGAUCCAGAGCACGUUGGCUUCAUCGGUUCGCGUUCGGAUCUCGGAGGCGAGUCCGAUCGCGAGACCGAAUGUAACUCCGUUUUCGGGUCAGGUUUCAGUUGCGAGCGGAACGAGUGAAGCCGAGCGAACCCACAGUCACAUUCGUGGCGCGUGUGCAGUGCAAGGCGGCGCACACAGCCCGCCUUCUACGCUGAACGCGGUGCAUGUUCGCCGCGCGCUGACCAGCGUGCCGCGCACCAGCGCGUGCUAGACAGCGUUAAAUAGCGCCGGCAGCAGCUGCAGCAGUGGCUCAGCAGUGUGGAAGACAAUGGCGAGGUCCAUGCCCACAGAGCACUGCUGCGCUGGCAGUUUCUCCCGCGAUGGUCGCCAAUGCCGUUGUCUGGCCAUGAACUCCGUCACCAUGCUGUACAAGCGGAAUGGCGACAAGCCACACAGCGUCACAGCAGUUCGCGCUCGGUAGCAAAGUGAAUGAAAAUAGGAUUGCCCAUAAGGAGUCCCACUCGCUGUUGUAGAGUUGGUCCAUCGCCGUUCACCGUUGCACUUUCAAUGUUGCAAGAUGUUGGCUACAAUUGGGUUGCAACGCGUUAUGAUGAGUCCACCUGUGGUAUACAGUAGUAGCGUAUAGGGUCCACUGCACCGACGGGGCGCGAUCACACGCGCCAGUCCAACCGAAUUGCUGAACCCCAUCAGAAGGCCGUAUAAGCUGAUGAACUCAUGCACGCAUUUUGAACAUGGCGUUGAUGAGCAUUGGCGCGC